UUUCAUUAUCAGAACCGAUCAUCCAAUCAAAUAUCAAUUGGAUUGGAUUGGAUUUAAACAUCUAAUAUGAUGAGAUUGGAUUGAAAAAAUCACAAUCCAAUAUAUAUUGGAUCGGAUGCAGAUUGACUUAAUUGUAUUCGUUUCGAACCGACGUACACCCAGUGGCGGACCUGUGCAAGCGCAAGGAGGCGCGCCCGCACCUCCGGUCGCUGGAAAUCGCCAUUACAGGUGCUAGAGUUGCACCUCUGCUUCAGACCAGCGAUGCACAUGAGGUGUUCGACGAAAUGCGCAAGUGACUGGGCCAUUGUCAAUGGCCAAGAAGAACAACAUCAAUGGCGUCGAGAACAAGAACAAGAACAAUGACGGGGGUGCGAAGAAGAAGGACGGCCCCAACUCCUCUAAGAUUGUCAAAUGGGUCAAAUCUUCUCAAGGCGCUGAGUCGGUGAAAUCUGUGGGCCAAGCGAACAAGCUGACGGUGGUCGGAAAAGUGGACCCCACAAAGCUGAGAGACGAGCUGGCCACCAAGACCAAGAAUAAGGUCGACCUCGUCUCUCCCCAGCCCCAAAAGGACAACAAAGUCAACAAAGACGACGCAACAAUUGUAGGUUAAUUGUAUGUUAUUUUUUUAAUUAAUUAUGAAUAACAUUAGUAUUGAUUAAAUG